AUGAUUGGAUACCCAUAUACCUGGGAGAAGGGGAAAGGGACUGCAAACUGGAUUGAGGAGAGACUUGAUAAGGUCCUAGUAACGAACGAGUGGCGCAAUAUAAUUCCCCAUGUAAAGGUUAUGAAUUUGAGAACCAGGAAGUCAGAUCAUUCAGCCAUUUUUUUCACAGUUCAGGAGGAGGUAGGGAGGGAUGGGGUUAGAAGAAGGGGUUUUAGGUUUGAGAUGACAUGGUUAUAUGAUGAGGGAUGUAGGGGUGUGGUAGAGCAGGCGUGGCAGGAAGGGAGAGGGCAGGGUUUACAGGGUUGUGUUCAAUACUGUGGAAACCGGUUAACACGAUGGGGUGGGGAUCGGUUCCAUAAGUAUGGGAAACAGAUUGUGCAGCUGAAACGGGAUCAACAACGUUUGAGAGGAUGCAGAAGUGGGGCACUUUCUGAAUCGAAAACAGUGUGGAUUGAGGGGCUGGGGUGCACUUAA